AUGUCCAGUCUUAGAGACACGCUCGCCCGUCAUAACGACAGCGAAGAUUCAUUAAUCGAACAGUUUGAAACUACCUUGACUAUAAGACCAUCCACGGCCGAAUACGAAGAAGAUGAAAUCAAUGACAUCUCCAUAGAUCAUACUGUGUUAAGAGAUUCCACCAUAAACUAUACCCGUGACCACAGCAUUGUUGACAUCUCUGAAUUAGAAGAAAAUGAACGCAUUCUGGAGCAGAUCCCCAAGUUCAAGACCAAUAGAAGGUAUAGUUUGCUCCCACGAUACAGUGUUAUUAAGACCGUCGAGGAAGAACAAGAAGAACCAAAACAGGAAGAAAUCGAGUUUAAGAAAACACCUAGUCCAAGUUUAGAAGAUUAUUACAGUCGACAGAAAGUAGACCCAAAGUACAAGGAUGUGUUGAGACCUUCAUUAUUGAUUGAUGAAUCGUUGAGCAAGUACCAAAAGACAUUCACGGACUUUCUCGAUUCCAAUCCUCAUAUUGAGAAAGAAUCUCCGAGAUUUAAAAACGACCAGGAUCGAACUUUGAUCAUCUUGUCUCCGUAUUCUUCAGAACAUGCAUUUGGACGUAAAUGGGUCACCAAGUCGUACUUGUCAACGAUUUUUGAACGACCACAGCGAUUAUUGGCCAGUUGUAUCGGGGUAGCUAGUGCCGUCACCAUGUUUCCCUUCUACUACAAAGUCAUCAAUUCUGAAAAGCGAGGCUCGAUAUUUGCAUCCCAUGUGAGAAAAAUCCAUGGUCGUAACUGGCCCAAGAAAUUGUUUGAAUUGUGCUUGGAAUCUCAUGAAAAAUUACAAGCGGACCAAUUGGAAGUCCCUGAUGAUUGGAACACGGGUGAUAUAUACCUUAAUCCAAGAACAAUUAACGCUAUUGAAGGUGUCAUUGGAACUAUUGAGCAUGCAGUUGACUCGUUAUUCCAUAAACCUAGUAUAAGGCAACAACAGCCACCACCACCACCACCAUCAUCACAACAACAACAAAAACAAAAACAAAAACAAGCCAAUCAUAAUUUAGUGUUUGUCGUGAUCAGACCACCGGGUCACCACAGUCACGCCUGUUUACCCAGUGGAUUCUGUUUAUUAAACAAUGUCCAAAUUGGAAUCGAAUAUGCGUUUGAGAAGUAUGGCGUUACUCACUGUGCCAUUUUAGAUAUUGAUUUACAUCACGGUGAUGGAAGUCAAGACAUUUGUUGGGAACGUGCCGGAUUCACGGGUGAUUACGGUAAGGACGAGAAUGACGAAAUUACUGAUCCUAAACUGAAUCCUCGUGAUGAGUACGGUAAGCGAUUCGCCACCUAUCCUAAAGUUGGAUAUUUUUCAUUGCAUGAUAUCAAGUCAUAUCCUACCGAAUUGGGAUACGCCACCAAGGAAAAUAUCAAGAAUGCAUCAACAUGUAUCAUGGAUCAUGAUUUGAACAUUUGGAACGUCCAUUUACAAGAAUGGAACACCGAAGAUGAAUUCUACAAACAUUAUCAAACUAAAUAUGUCACCAUUUUAAAUCGGGCUAAUCAAUUUCUUAAUUCUGCCAAGAAACAAUAUGACGAAGAGUAUCAGAAAUAUCUUGAUCAAUUGAGUAAAUACAACAAGUAUUUGUUCAAGCCCCAUUUGUAUAAUGGUGGACAACCACUCACCAAGCCAACUCCACCACCACCUUUUAAACCCUUGAUUGCCAUCUCUGCCGGGUUUGAUGCUUCUGAGUAUGAAAACCCGCAGAUGCAAAGACACGGUAUUAACGUUCCUACUUCGUUUUAUGCCAAGUUCACCCAAGAUGUAGUCAAAUUAGCCAAGAUCCACACCAAUGGAAAAGUCAUAUCUUUUUUGGAAGGUGGCUAUUCCGAUGGAGCGUUAUCCACUGGUAUUUUCUCGCAUUUGAUUGGGUUAAACAAUGACGAAGAAUUGCUUUGGAAUCAUACCUGGGGAUCCGAGCAAGUCAUGCGCGAAUUGAUCAAGGGAUGCAAAAAGAAUUGGAAACCGUACAAGAAACCCAAUAGUGAUAUCACCAUUUGGGCCAAUGAGGUGAUUAAAUUAGGACGGUCAAUGAUGCCCAAUGCUGUUUUACCUAGUAAUUUUGUGUAUCUGUACCAGCCGGAAGCCAAGGAUAUUCCUGUUAAUAAAAUGGUUAAGGAGCUUUUGGACAGUAACGGCAAAGAUCUGGUCAUAUCUACUAGUCCCUUGAAGGUUGACCCGGUUGAUGACAGAAAGGUUAUGAGACAUACUAGAUCUUACUAUAAGAAGAUUAGAGAAGGCGACGACGAGGAAUAUUAA